AUGGAUGUCCAAGUAAAAAGGCUCGUUGAUAAGGUCUGGACACCCACCUCUACACUCGAUGCUGAUGUCCUUCGACCUGGGGCAGGUAAAUUCCUUUCCACGCCGCCAUCUUCGCGCUACAUGGUUGCCAUCAGCGGUUGCCCAGGCUCUGGAAAGACAUCCCUAGCCAAGAUCAUGACCAGAGAAAUAAACUGCCAAUAUGAGAAGGAGCACCCCGAUGAGCCACCCGUUGCCACCUGCGUCGCUAUGGAUGGAUAUCAUCUCACAAGAGCCCAACUGGCAGCAAUGCCGGACCCCGCGUAUGCCAUGGCUCGGCGAGGAGCUUCGUGGACGUUCGAUCCCGUCAGCUUUGUCGAGCUGGUCCGUCGCCUGCGCGAGUCGGUUUCUCCAGACGCAGCGACUAUUUAUGCCCCCAGUUUCGACCACGCCCUCAAAGACCCCGUCGCAAACGACGUGCCUAUCCCAGCCACAGCCAAGGUUUUAUUCUUCGAGGGUAAUUAUCUGAGUUUGAAGCAAGAGCCCUGGAGCGACGCGGCGGGUCUGAUGGAUGAGUUGUGGUUCGUAGAAGUGGACUUCGAGGUUGCGAAGAGGAGACUGAUCACGCGGCAUGUGGAAGCCGGGAUUGCGGAGAACGAGGAAUUGGCAGAGAAAAGAGCUGUGGAGAACGACCUGGUUAAUGGCAAAGAGAUUGUUGAAAAUCGCCUGGAGGUAUCCGAGGUUAUUGUAAGCCGGGAGGACGCGCAAUGGAAAUGA